AUGGCCCGUAGAAAAUUGAGAAUGAAACUUAUAGACAAGGAGAAGACUCGAUCUGCAACACUAAAGAAGCGAUUGCAGAGCUUGGAAAAGAAGGCUUAUGAAUUCUCAGUUCUUUGUGAUGUGGACGUAUGCAUGAUCAUCUUCACACCUGGGUUGAAAGACGAUCCUCCUAAUGUCCAAGUUUGGCCUUCGGAUCCUCUCCGGGUUCAUGGCACCAUCCACAGAUACAAGCGAACUAUGGCUGCUUCGGGUUCGCAAAAGAGGACCUUCAGUAUUUCCCAUUUUUUAGACAUGCGCAGGAGACAGGAUCUCGAAGAGGUUGCCCAAGUGUGCAAAGCUAAUUUUGAAGCAAAGUUUCCGACAUGGGAUGAUCGUAUCGACAAUUUCUCCCCUGAACAGAUCUCGUCUUGUCUCGCUAAACUCGAUUCGAGCAUAGAAGUGGUUAAGAGGAAGAUCAUGUUGAUGAAGGGAGAUGAUAAGCAUAAGUUGCUGCAAUCUGAAUCAAGGAGUAUUCUAGGUAGUUUCGAUGCUCGAUCAAGGCCGAGCCCUUCUGAUAAUUUCAACAUCCCUGCAGCAGCCUUACAUCCUUGGAAUCGAAACCUUUCGGAUAAUCACAUCAAUGCUCAUGCCAUCCAAGCCUUUUCUCCAAAAAACGCGGAAUUCGGAGUUAUUAGGGAGCAGUCUUCUUCUCUCCCGCCUAAAUCUAUUGACAUACAUCGACCUUCCCUUUCCCCUGCUGACGAGGCUUUGGUGAAGCUUUCCCUUGGCCUGAAUCCCAACGACAAAUUGCUGAGAAUGUCCAUGAUGAAUAACGAUAUUAAUUUCGAACUCCGAUCAGGGAUAGCGUCUAGUAGCAACAACAGCAUUCCGAACAAUGUGAUGUACAACACUCCUCCGUUUUUCAUUCAUGGCAAUCCUAUAUACGGGAUGCCGAACAAUGAUGUACUGUUCGAUCCGAUUUCAUCGAUUCAGGUUCUUCAUGAUCCGAGCAGGUCAAGUGGCAUGCAAAACUAUGCGAUGCUCAAGGAACCAAAGGCAGGAAUGGGAACUUGGCUCAAUGCUGCUCCAUCCAUGCAACCAGCAGAGUUGGCAACUGCUUAUAACCAUCGACAACAGCUGAUGAUGCCACAUGCGUUUCAUCAAACGCUUCCUCCUGAUUUCUCCGACGAUUUCUGCCAUGAUAUCAAUGAACAUGAGAUGAAAAACAAGAAACCAAGGUUCUUCUAG